CGGAUGGUCGAGAUGAACUCAAUUGUCUCCGUCCUUGGGAAGCAACGUAUGCUACACGAAUACAGCAGCAGCUCAACUGUUCACAAACGGAGCACUAUUGUGUCCAACUGUUAGGUGCUACCUACUUGCCUUUGACGAGGGCAGGCGAUGGUGUGAUUGAUUGUCUGGGGGCAACGGACGAGAGGCGUACAGCAAAUAAAUGUUAUGAGAAACAUCCGUUUCUGCCCGAUAAACGGUUUCUCUGCGUAAAUACAACUGGUGAAUCGUUUCUCGUCUGUUUAACACCCGAACAAGUAUGUGAUGGACAAGUUCAGUGUCCCGCCGGCGAUGAUGAAAGAGUUUGUUAUCAUCCGCGAUGUCCAGAGUACGACCAAUCUAAUGUCGACUCUCGCUUUGAAAAUGCCUUGUUCUGUGAUCUCAGAGAUCGAAACACGAGAGAGGGAUGGAUGAGUGAAAUUGAAAACUAUUUGCCGGCUGUAGUUGCUGAAGGAAAAGGACUCUCGUCCGUUGAAGAAAAACUUCGUCUCUGGUACUUGCAAGCAGAACAGUACGUGUGUACCGAUGGAUUAGGCAUGAUGUGGAAAGGACGUUUAGUGUGGAAUUUUGGGGCAAUACAGGGAACAUUAGUUGAAGCAUAUAAGCCAGAGAAUAUAACAAAAUAA